ACACAAACAUCUCUCUCUCUCUCUCUCUCUCUCUCUCUCUCUCUAAGACACACAAACACAACACAUCACAAUCUCACAUUGUUCUCAAGUUUCAACACUUUCUAGUUCUACCAUGGCGGUAGGACUCUCCGCCGCCAUAACCAUGAAGUCCCUCCUCCGUUUCCACCAACCUCACCUGAACCUCCCCAAAUCAAUCCCAACAACACUCCCUUUCUCCCCCAUGAGAAUUUUCCACCACACAGCAUCACCAAGAACCCAAAAAGUUUCAACUUUCACCGUUUGUGUCCUCAUGCAGGACCCAAAACAAGGCACCCACAUGGAAAUUGAGCCACAAGAACAACCUCCUCCUCCUCCUCCUCCCGCUCAACAAGUUCUGUCACCAAAGUUGGCUGAGAAAUUGGCCAGAAAAGAGUCUGAGAGGUUCACUUACCUCGUUGCUGCUGUCAUGUCUAGCUUCGGCAUCACAUCCAUGGCAGUGUUCGCUGUUUAUUGCAGAUUCUCGUGGCAAAUGGAGGGUGGAGAAGUGCCUUGGUCUGAAAUGUUUGGCACAUUUGCUCUAUCAGUGGGAGCUGCUGUGGGUAUGGAAUUUUGGGCUAGAUGGGCUCAUAGGGCUCUCUGGCAUGCUUCGCUGUGGCACAUGCAUGAGUCCCACCAUCGACCAAGAGAAGGACCCUUCGAGCUUAACGAUGUAUUUGCAAUAAUCAACGCUGUCCCUGCCAUCGCUCUCCUUUCCUAUGGUUUCUUUAACAAGGGACUGGUCCCUGGCCUUUGCUUUGGUGCGGGUCUUGGAAUUACGGUCUUUGGGAUGGCCUACAUGUUUGUACACGAUGGAUUGGUUCAUAAGAGAUUCCCGGUGGGCCCCAUUGCAAACGUGCCCUAUCUCAGAAGGGUGGCCUCUGCUCACCAACUUCACCAUUCGGAAAAAUUCAAUGGAGUGCCAUAUGGGCUGUUUUUGGGACCCAAGGAAAUUGAAGAGGUGGGAGGGCUAGAAGAGCUGGAGAAAGAGAUAAGUAGGAGAGCAAGGUCAUACAAAAUAGCUAAUGAGAACAACUAAUACAAAUCCAGAAUGUUUCGAAGAAUUAUCAGUGUAAAUCAGAAAUAUGAAAUAAAAUGAUCCAAAAAUUUUGCUUGCAUA